AUGGAGCGCGGCGGCGACACGGGCGGAUGGCGGCUCCGCGCCACCGCCGCACAGCGCGACCGCCGCCAGCCGCCGCCGCGGGAGGACGGCGACCGCGGCACGGGCGGGAAGAAGCGGGGCGGGCGGCGGCCGCUGCUGCCGCUGCCCGAGGCGCGGGGGGCGCCGCUGGUGCUGCUGUACCUGCUGGGGCUGCGGGCGCUGGCGCAGGUAUCGCACCGGCAGCUGCUGAGCCGCCCGCCCGCAGCCGCCGCCGGGCCCCGCGACUUCAGCGCCUCCCGCGCCAGGGGGUAUCUUGACAACAUUACAGCAAUUGGGCCCAGAACAGUUGGAAGUCCAGAAAAUGAAGUUCUUGCAGUUAACUACCUCUUAGAACAGAUUAGGGGAAUUGAAAGAGAAAGCACGGAUGCUCACAAGAUAUCUGUAGACGUACAGAGACCCACGGGCUCCUUCAGCAUUGACUUUUUAGGAGGCUUUACUAGUUACUAUGCAAACAUAACCAAUGUGGUAGUGAAGCUGGAACCACGUAAUGGAGCUGAGCAUGCAGUGCUAUCCAAUUGUCACUUUGAUUCCGUACCAAAUACCCCGGGUGCCAGUGAUGAUGCUGUUAGCUGUGCAGUGAUGCUUGAAAUACUUAACACACUUUCAAAAUCAUCAGAGUCCCUGCAGCAUGCUGUCAUAUUCUUAUUUAAUGGUGCAGAAGAAAAUAUUUUGCAGGCUAGUCAUGGCUUCAUUACACAACAUGAGUGGGCUAAGUCAAUCAGAGCUUUUAUUAACCUGGAGGCAGCAGGUGUAGGAGGAAAAGAACUUGUUUUUCAAACAGGACCUGAGAACCCUUGGUUGGUACAGGCAUAUGUAGUUGCUGCCAAACAUCCCUUUGCCUCUGUGGUGGCACAGGAAAUAUUUCAGAGUGGCAUUAUCCCAGCAGAUACUGACUUCCGUAUCUACAGGGAUUUUGGCAAUGUUCCAGGAAUAGAUUUGGCUUUUAUUGAAAAUGGCUACAUUUACCAUACAGAAUAUGACACAUCAGACAGAAUUUUGACAGAUUCCAUUCAGAGAGCAGGUGACAAUAUUCUAGCUGUCCUAAAAUACCUAGCUACAUCAGAAAAGUUGGCAAAGUCUUUUGAGUAUCGACAUGGAAAUGUUGUGUUCUUUGAUAUACUUGGUUUAUUUGUCCUGGCUUAUCCUGCUCGUGUCGGCACAAUUAUGAACUACAUUACAGCAGCAGUUGCUUUUUUUUAUUUAAGCAAAAAAGUGUUACAGCCAAAACCCAGAGCUGUUCAUAACCUGAAGAAGUUACUGACUGCAUUCAGCUUAACCCUGACGAGCUGGGUGUGCACACUGGUGGCAGUCCUCAUGGUGGCAAUGUUUGUCUCCAUCAUUGGACGGGCUCUUUCUUGGUACACCCAUUUCUAUGUUUCUGUGUCUCUCUAUGGCACUGCAGCUGCAGCUAAGCUCAUUCUUGUGCACAUGCUAGCCAAAAAGUUCUUCUACAAGAAUGUGAAUGAGCAGUACCUGGGAGAUGUGUUUUUUGAUGCCUCAUUGAUGAUUUGGUCAAUAGCAUUGGCUGUGAUGACUCAGAUGGGCCUUUGUUCAGCAUUCAUUUGUACCUUAUGGGUAGCAUUUCCUUUACUCACUAAGCUUAUGAUCCACAAAGAAUUCAGCCAAAAAGGUGCCACAAUGAAGUUUAUUGUGAUGUACAUGCUGGGGAUGUUUGUUCCCUAUCUGUAUAUGCUGUAUCUUAGUUGGACUGUAUUUGAAAUGUUUACACCUGUCAUGGGACGAAGUGGUUCAGAAAUUCCACCAGAUAUGGUGUUAGCAGGAUUUAUUGUGAUCUUCACUAUGAUCCUGUCUUCUUAUUUUAUUAACUUCAUUUACCUUGUCAAAAGUACAAAAACGACGCUAGUAACUUUAACUACUGUGUUUGUAGUCACUCUGAUUCUCGUUUGUAGUGGAAUCUUCUUUCCUUACAGUUCUGAUGCAGCUAAUCCAAAGCCUAAGCGAGUCUUUCUCCAGCACACGAGCAGAAGAUUUCACGAUCUAGAUGGAAAUGUGGUUAAAAGUGACUCUGGUAUAUGGAUUAAUGGGUUUGAUUAUAAUGGAAUAUCUCACAUAACUCCCCAUGUACCUGAAAUCAAUGACACCAUUAGAACUCCAUGCGAGGAGCAGGCUCCCUUCUGUGGCCUUCCUUGGAUUCUGCCAGUGCAUUUCAUGUUCCGGAAAAACUGGUAUCUUCCUGCUCCGGAAAUUUUGCCAAAAAGCCCCAUUCAGUUUAAACUUCUGUCCAAGCAGCUGAUGCCCUGGAACUCUGUGAGGCUAAGCUUUGAAGUAUCUGGCCCGAGCCACAUGUCCCUGUACGCGCGGCCGCGCGCGGGGUCGGCGCUGUCCCGCUGGUCCCUCGGGGAUGGAAUGCCAGUCACCAGCCUGGGGGGAGACUACUUUGUGUUCUACUCCCGCGGGCUGCAUGCAGCUCCCUGGCACUUCUGGCUGGAGCUGACGGCCCCAGAAAAGCAUUCUGAUGGAAUAGUAUCCCUCGCCAUAGCAGCACAUUACUUUUUUGGGGAAGAUCAAAAGUCACCUCAACUCUAUGCCUUACUGGAGAGGUUUCCAAACUGGACAUUUUCUUCUGGCUGGUCCUGUACUUACGACCUUUUUGUUUUUUAA